GGCCUCGGCCCUUAUCAACAAUUUACCCGUCGACCUAGAGUUAAGACGCUGUAAACAAGCCCGUCCUAAAUAAAGUAGACGACAUACGCAGGACAGUUUUAGGGAGUGACCAGGAUAUCUUUCUUUAAGUACAAAUAUCCGAGUCACCGAAACAACAGACAUACCCUUUGCGCCAGAUUGUCUGUUUGUCAACAGGUAAACACUAUUACAACUGAGUAGGACCAGUGACAAUGUGGACAAUAUCGUGUCAGUUUUAUCUGGGAUUUCCUCUCCAAUAGUAUUAAUUACAGGAAUUCCGUAUAUAUAUAUAUACACACACAUAUAUAUAUAUACUGGUGAAUCAAUACAGAUACCAAGGACGACAUAUCAAGGGAACGGAUCUCUGAGUAUUACUUUUUGCAAAAGAUUGACUAAAAGCAUCAUAGCUACCGUAAUGCACACACGAACAACGGUGUGCUGGACAUUAGUACUUAUUUGUGUAGAAUUGAUGUUUGCUGAGCCUGCCGACCGGACUGCCAUGUCCUACUGUAGCUUUGAACAGAAGACCGCCGGAAAGUAUCCCAACUACUAUCGUGACGUCCCCAUCAUACCUAUGGUGAUUGUGUUAGAUAAAACAAACAAUAGCGAAUGCGUUAUCAAUUCUACCGAAAUAAUCCAGGCUUAUAAUUUCCCUGAAAAUCAAACAGUGGUCGGGUAUUUUUUAUUCAAGUGUCAGACCCGGUUAAAGAUACUCUUUAUAGACACGGAAUCACAACAGAACGCCUUCCCGAACGUAAUAGGGUAUCUGCAAGUCCGCGACUGUAUUAUUGACAACAGCAUGGAUCUUUUCGCGAGCAUUGUUGACAUGCGAGUGUAUAUCUUUCGUGAGAGAACUGGAUUCGCCAUUGAUGGACCCCCAUCGUCAUACUAUAGUAUCAAUGACAAAACAGUAAGUCUGGGAAUUAAUGACAUAGACGUAUCGAAUGGAAUGGAGGCACGUAGCAUUUUCAAACAUAAAUCAGCGUAUCCUCAUCUUAAAGAGGUGUCCCUGUCAGGGUUAGAGUUACAGGAAUUCCCAAAUAAUUUGAAAAACAAAUUUCCAAAUCUGGAAUCGUUAGAAAUGCCAAACAAUUCCCUAACAAAUCCGCCAUUGGAGUUCCCGUGGAACGACAACACAUCCGAACUCCCGCUAAAUCUCUCAAGAUCCCAGUACCUUCAACAUCAGUAUGCAAUAUCCCGUCACCUUGACAUUCCAGCAAACAAAUAUGCAAGGCUGUUUAAUUUGAAUGAAAAUAAGAUUAUAAAUUUAACCGACUUCAGGUUUCAUGGAAGGCUACAUAUGAUAACUAUGGAUAGUAAUGGUCUACGCGAUAUAGGUGGAGACUGUUUUGUGUUUGUGUCAGAUUUACAAUAUAUCGGAAUGGCAAAUAACCAGUUGACCUCACUUCCGGCGCUUCUAUUCAAGGGUUUAUAUUCUCUUCGACUAUUAGAUUUACAUAACAAUACUAUCAGUGAUUUGCAAUUUGGUCUUUUCCGCGAUUUGAAAAACCUGAUACACUUGAAUCUGGCUUCAAACCAACUCCGCAGCCUGCAGGUUGGUCUUUUUGAGAACUUGACAAGUCUUCGUGAGCUCAUACUGGACGAAAACAGACUGACGUCAUGUGAUGGAUCUUUCCAGCCACACAAGUCAAUCUUUCUCCAACACCUUAGUCUGAACAACAAUCCUCUUCGUGAUAUACCUAUUGAUGUAUUCUACUCUCGAAGUAUAAAACGCGUCGAUUUGCGCAACACCACCAUUACGCUAAGCAGUUUCCCCGCGCUACUCCUCAAGUUAAAUCCAAGUCUAUUUGCUGCCAGUAUUGUUGAAUCUUCAAGUGACUCACAGUUCAAUAUUCUUAAACGACCGAAAGAAAUGAAAGAAAUCGACUUAACAGGGAGUAACGUCCGGGAGCUGAACCCUGGCGUUAACUUGGAUCAUCAGACUGCACAAAAACUUCUUGUCAUCCUCAUCCAUUACCAUUUAAAUCUUGACAAGAACCCUCUCAGUUGUGAUUGCGGUAUCAUACCACUGAUUAACUUUGUACACAAAUACAUUCAAAACGGAACAUUACGUCGGAGUGACUAUUAUUUCCGUGAGUGGAUGUGUGUCUACCCGCAAGAAUUUGGCGGAAGGCGGCUACUUGAGGUAAAGGAGGAAGAAACGUAUUGUAGGGUGAAUGUUUCGUUGU